CUCCUUCUCUCUCAUGCUCUGUGCUUCUCCUUGUUGAAGGCUUUGGCCCACAUAGUGGAGUUUAACAAUAUGUUUGGCCAGAUUCAGUCGCCUGGCUAUCCAGACUCUUAUCCAAGUGAUUCAGAGGUGACGUGGAAUAUCACUGUCCCAGAGGGAUUUCGGAUCAAGCUUUACUUCAUGCACUUCAACUUGGAAUCCUCUUACCUUUGUGAAUACGACUAUGUGAAGGUAGAAACUGAAGACCAGGUGCUGGCAACCUUCUGUGGCAGGGAGACCACAGACACAGAACAGACCCCUGGCCAGGAAGUGGUCCUCUCCCCUGGCUCCUUCAUGUCUAUCACUUUCCGCUCAGAUUUCUCCAACGAGGAGCGAUUCACAGGCUUUGAUGCCCACUACAUGGCUGUGGAUGUGGACGAGUGCACGGAACGGGAGGACGAGGAGCUGUCCUGCGACCACUACUGCCAUAACUACAUCGGUGGCUACUACUGCUCCUGCCGCUUCGGCUACAUCCUCCACACAGACAACAGGACAUGCCGAGUGGAGUGCAGUGACAACCUCUUCACGCAGAGGACUGGCGUGAUCACCAGCCCCGACUUCCCCAGCCCUUACCCUAAGAGCUCUGAAUGCCUCUACACCAUUGAGCUGGAGGAGGGUUUCAUGAUCAGCCUGCAGUUUGAGGACAUUUUCGACAUUGAGGACCAUCCUGAGGUGUCCUGCCCCUAUGACUACAUCAAGAUUAAAACCGGUCAAAAAGUUCUGGGGCCCUUCUGUGGAGAGAAAGCCCCAGAACCCAUCAAUACCCAGAGCCACAGCGUCCAGAUCCUGUUCCGCAGUGACAACUCAGGCGAGAACCGGGGCUGGAGGCUGUUGUACAGGGCAACAGGGAAUGAGUGCCCCAAGCUGCAGCCUCCUGUCGAUGGGAAAAUCGAGCCCUUGCAAGCCAAGUACUUUUUCAAAGACCAGGUGCUCGUCAGCUGUGACACAGGCUACCAAGUGCUGAAGGAUAAUGUGGAGAUGGACACGUUCCAGAUCGAGUGUCUGAAGGAUGGGACAUGGAGUAACAAGAUUCCCACCUGUAAAAUUGUGGACUGUGGAGCCCCGGCAGAGCUGGAAAACGGGCUGGUCACAUUUUCUACCAGAAACAACCUUACCACAUACAAAUCUGAGAUCAGAUACUCCUGCCAGCAGCCCUACUACAAGAUGCUGCAUAGUAUCACAGAUGUAUAUACGUGUUCUGCCCAAGGAGUCUGGAUGAAUGAAGUCCUGGGGAGAAGCCAGCCCACCUGCCUGCCAGUGUGUGGUCAGCCCUCCCGCUCCCUGCCAAACCUAGUCAAGCGGAUCAUCGGGGGCCGGAAUGCAGAGCCCGGCCUCUUCCCAUGGCAGGCCCUGAUCGUGGUGGAGGACACCUCAAGGGUGCCCAAUGACAAGUGGUUUGGGAGCGGGGCCCUGCUCUCUGAGUCCUGGAUCCUCACGGCAGCCCACGUGCUGCGCUCCCAGCGCCGAGACAACACGGUGACACCGGUCUCCAAGGAGCACGUCACCGUCUACCUGGGUCUGCACGACGUGCGGGACAAAUCGGAGGCUGUCAACAGCUCGGCCGCCCGAGUGGUGCUCCACCCGGACUUCGACAUCCAGAACUACAACCACGACAUCGCUCUGGUGCAGCUGCGGGAGCCCGUGCCCCUGGGGCCUCACAUCAUGCCCGUGUGCCUGCCGCGGCCCGAGCCCGAAGGCCCGGCACCCCACAUGCUGGGGCUGGUAGCUGGUUGGGGCAUCUCCAAUCCUAACGUGACGGUGGACGAGAUCAUCAGCAGUGGCACGCGGACCUUGUCAGACGUCCUGCAGUACGUCAAGUUACCCGUGGUGCCGCACGCCGAGUGCAAGACUAGCUACGAGUCCCGGUCAGGCAACUACAGUGUCACAGAGAACAUGUUCUGUGCCGGCUACUACGAGGGUGGCAAGGACACGUGCCUGGGGGACAGCGGCGGCGCCUUUGUCGUCCUCGACGACUCGAGCCAGCGCUGGGUGGCCCAAGGCCUGGUGUCCUGGGGGGGCCCCGAAGAAUGUGGCAGCAAGCAGGUGUACGGGGUCUACACCAAGGUCUCCAACUACGUGGACUGGGUGUGGGGGCAGAUAGGCUCCCCGCGGGGCCUGGGGGAGCUCCAGGUGGAGCGGUGAGCUGCCUGACGUCCUCGGGGCGCCUGCCCUGGCCAGCCCGAGCGAGGCUGCACCGCACGCUCCCAAACACGGCACGCUCCAUGUUACUCACGUGACCGGUGGGAUGGACCACGCUGCUCCCACCCUCCCAAGACAGCC